UAAGGUGGCUGGCAGACUUUGUUACCUCUAGACAAGAGGUAUUGAUAGCUCAUAUAGCCCGUUCAAACGAGAAAAAAAAAAGCGUGUGCAGAGCUGAAAUAGCACAGGCUUGUAGCUGUCAACCGCUAUCAAGCCCAUUGCUACAGAGUUGCAUUGACCCACCGUCAGGCGGGUAAACACCGACUUCAAAGCCCGAGAUAGCCCAAUGCGGAUCGUGCUCCAGCUGCCCGGUGCCCAGGCCGCCCCAUUGGAUCAAUCUGACGUGCACUCGACUACGGUAUUCCCGUGCUUGCGCCUCGAGCACUUCCAGCUCGUCCAGCUGAGGCAACCCGACAAUGAGGGCCAGUGUUGGGGGAAGUCGCGCCUCAUUGCGUCAAUGAGAGGCGCCACUGCAAACGCGCGGCACUGAAAUUGACUAGAAUUGACCCAUCAACCGCGACAGGAGGAAGGGGCCACCCACCAUGGCGUGCUAGGCAUGCUGCACCUAGGCGCAAGCGAGCAUCGACAGCGUCCCGACCCAACAGUCGAUUGGGUCGCUCGCUUUUUGGUUACCUCGAACCCGCGGGUAUGCAUCCUCCAA